ACUCCAAAGGGUCAUCAAAGAGUAAAAGCGGAAGUAAUUCGAGUUUCAGUAGCGGCAAAAGUUGUAAAGGAGCAGAUACCAAAAGACCAGGAGUCCUUCACAUGGCGCCAACAGAAAAAGGAAAAUUUGUCGUCAAUCAAUCAAUCAUCGUGUCUGAUGGACAUGGACAUUCUUGUCUCCUACCUGAAGAAAUUUGCCACAGACAUCAUGUAUUCAGGUUUUGUGGAUCUUGUUGAGAACAUAAUGAAAGCUCUACUGACCAAGUACGACAACAUUCUAGACCAUUCUUUUUUGAUGUGGACAGUCGGGUUUUUCCUCAGUUUUGCCCAUCAGCAAGAACUGGACUUCUCUCGUUUCAAGGAGGUUUUAAACCUGGAUCUCUUUGGGUUUCUGGUCUACGAGGCUGUCAAAUGUUGUGAAGCUCUAGAAGUGAAGCAUCGGCAAAAGCAGGACCUAUCCGUGGAGAAGCACAGGCUUCAUUUGGUGGUUUGCACUUUGAACCAGAUGUUUCGAACUCUUUUGGCCAACAGCAAUAUGGAGUAUCUGGUUAGUCUUCAGAAAUGUCUGAGCCAAAUGACAGAUUUGAGGAAUGCAUUUAUUCUACUCAUCCGGCGUCAGCUGAUUGAAGAGCAGAGUGACGUUUACCUUCGUGAUCUGGUGCAGACGAAUCAUGUACUCAUGUUAAUGAUCGAGCAAUGGAUGUCCCAUGGUUUCAUCGGGGAGCACUCUGGCUUCAGCAUGAUCAGCCAUGUGAACCAGUUUGCAACAAAGACGAUCAUGGCCAAAUAUGGCAGUCUCCUGGAGCACCAUGACCUCAGCAAGGAGUCUGUGAAUGUUGCUGUUCUGACGAUGAUGUAUCACGUGGUAGGCGACUGCAAACGACAGGACACUCUGAUGCAGUUGCCGAUUCUAAAGUCUUUCUCAGAGAUGUGGGCGGAGAAUGCUGUCAGAGAGCAGGAAGAGUUCAAAGAUCUCAUAGAAUUUGUUUUGGAGGUCUUCAUGUCCGACGCAGAAAAAGAUCCCAACUUGUGCGCCGAGAACUUGUUUGACAACAGUGACGGCCAGCAGCGGGCCACUGACCGAAGCAGGAGCACUAAGUUUUCUGAGGAGGAACAAAUUCUUAUCUUUACCUGGAUGUCAGAACUCCUGGGAACGACUGGGGUCGAGAACGUCAUCACCAAGAAGCUGAGUGAGCACGGCUUCUCGAAGAAAACAGAGCAG